AUGCCCUCCUUGUCUUCCGUUGUGAAGAGUUCCUUAGAAUGGGCGGGGACCACGUGUUAUGACGCUUCGUUGAAUGGACCUCCCAAAGAUCAGCGGGGGUCACACCCUGAUAAUGAAGACCGCAAGCAGAUCCUACAUCUUAAGAUGCGCAAUGCGGUAUCAUAUAGCGAAUGGAAAGACUGUGCCAGCCAACUCGAUGAGCUGGAGGGUAAUAAUACCUGGAAGCAAACGUUUGAAUGUUCCGAAUACAAUCCCUGCCUUGUCAGGGAACGUCUGAAUCAGCUGGAAGAGGCUCGGAUAAGUUGUGAUAUCAGUCGUAUGCUGUUCCUCAUCCGCACCUCCCUCAGCCGUGAUCUAGGAGACAUGAGCAAUGCUGCUCUGUACAAAUAUUCGCAUGUCGGCACGAAAGAACUUAUUGAUCGCUAUAUCACGACGGCAGUCGAUACCAUCUCCACAUUGGUAGACCUUUCAGUAAAGGGUCGAUGUGAUGGAGCAGAAAUGAGAUAUAUUCUCGAACAGCUUCUAGAAGCAAGACAGGCCUUCGGCCGGAGCGCUUUGCUGCUUUCCGGGGGCGGCGCUUUUGGAAUGUCACACAUCGGUGUCCUGAAAACCCUCUGGGAGAAUAAUCUGAUGCCUCGUAUCAUCUCGGGUGCCUCCGCCGGAAGCGUGAUUGCGGCUUUCUUUUGCUGUCACACCGAAGACGAGCUCCCGGAGGUUAUGGAAAAAUACAUGACCAGAGAUAUGUACGUUUUCAAUGAGCCUGGUCAAGAGGAAAAUAUUCUCCAGAUGGUCUCUCGCUUUCUCAAGCACGGGUCGCUCAUGGAUAUUUCUCUCCUGGCAGCUAACUUACGGUCAUGGCUGGGCGACAUGACCUUCCAGGAGGCCUAUAACAGAAGCCGGAGGAUCCUUAACAUCUGCGUCUCAUGUGCUGGUAUCUAUGAGCUCCCGAGGCUAUUAAAUUACAUUACUGCCCCCAACGUUUUGAUCUGGUCUGCAGUCGCUGUCUCAUGCUCGGUCCCUUUGGUGUUCACACCACCUGUGCUCAUGGCCAAGGAUCCAAUCACAGGGAUCCCUGUGCCGUGGAAUGGUCUGCAUAAGCAUUAUAUUGAUGGAUCCGUGGACGGAGACCUGCCAAUGAAUCGCUUGUCGGAGAUGUUCAACGUCAACCACUUUAUCGUCUCACAGGUCAAUCCCCACGUAAUCCCAUUCCUCCAGAAGAACGGUUACCCGAGAAGCGACCCAACUGCACUCUCUUCAGAACGAGGAUGGCUUCGUUGGAUACAUCUGAUGACGGAUCUAGCCAAGGAUGAAGUCUUGCAUCGACUGUCAUUGGCAGCCGACAUGGGAAUCUUUCCCAACGCCCUGACCAAAGUUGUAUCUGUUGUGAAUCAGAAAUAUUCUGGAGAUAUCAACAUCUACCCGCAAAUGUCCUACAGCGAUCUCCCGCUGAUAUUGCAAAAUCCCACGGCGGAAUUCCUGAAGAGGGCAAAAGACCGCGGAGAGCAAGCCACAUGGCCUAAUCUCGGCCGUAUCCGGAAUCAUUGUGCUAUAGAAUUAGCACUCGAUAAAGCCAUACAGCAAAUGCGAGCGCGAGUGACCUUUGACUUUAGUCAGAGAGACUUACGAGCAGUCGGCCUUCCUCGCCAGCCGUCUGGGACUUUUCAAGAUAACGGACAUCAACGGCGUUUCUCCAAUCGGAGGGGCUCCCACAGCAACGACGUCGACCAACCCAAGCGGGCAGACGGAACUGAUUCGCAAUCAAGGCCUCCGUUCCGAAGAGCCUGUAGCGCUACAUCACCGGAACCGACGGGGCAUGUCUGCAUCGCAGAACACUCCGAGAGCUCUCUCGAAAGCCAUCUCGGUGACCUGCCGUCUAUGGCGGAGGGGGCAGACCGCAAGGAUGUACCCCACAGAAGUGGUUUAAAACGGCCUGGGACUAUUAAACGAUUGUUUUCCUGGGGCCCAGCGUCGCAUGACCACCAUGACGUGGUGACCUCCAUGCAGACUGGCCGAUCUAUGCCCGAGUCAUCGACUCCCGUUUACUUCAGACGACCCUCCAUUAGCAGUACCCAUCCAUCGUCCUCGGAUGUCGCAAGAUUGUCGCCUCUGGGACAUCCAUUGUAUCCAAAGUUGAACCAGGCCUCACAGCCGCCCCUGCUUCAGAUGACCCGCAACCCCAAAUUCACAUUAUCUGGGAUGCCACCCAGCAGUGUCUCUCAGCUGCAGACCUGCAACAGCGGAUAG